CUCAAAAUUGAGGCCGUUUUGCGAACCACUAUUCAGCACCCAGCUUUCUAGUACUCAAUUUUGAGUGACAUUCCGUUUGUUAAAACUCGAACAAAUUUCGAUCCACCUUCAACAAGCGUGUACAGUUUUGUUUACAUUUUUCGCGCGUUCAUGAAUGCAGUUUGGUGUUGGAAUCUGAAAAAGUGCAUUACUCAUCCGAGUUUUGUUUUUUUUUUGGGUGCGGAAUAAAGUGGACUAAUUUCUGUAAUUUUUUAAGCAUUUAAAAUGUUGAUUCUAAGUCUUUUCGUUGGUGUCGUUUUGUUGGCAAGUCCAACCUUGGCCAAGAAGCCUCACCCGCAUCCGAUUCCCCCGCAGGGCAACUGCAACCAGAUCGAACAAUUUGCCGGCCAGUUUGAGAGGUUCUUCAAACAGGUUCCGCUGUACGUGUAUCCGGCGUUCACGAUCUGCUCGAACGAUAACAUCACGCAGCACUACAAGGAAGCGAUGACCAUUUGGGCGAACGCCACGGCGGACCACAUCUGCCAGGUGAUGAACUUCGAGCGCCGCAGCAAGUCCAACCCGGCCGUGAUGAUGCACGACCAGCUGGUGUCGUUCUGGACGACGGCCAACUGCCAGGACUGUCUGGACCGGCGCAACCAGACGGUGGAGUUUUUCACGGAGUUUGCCGGGUUGGACGGGUGUAUCAAGCAGGAGUCGGAUCAGGCGCUGUCUCCGUGCGGACCGUGCGCGGACACUUACCAGAAGGUCCAGGGCAUGUACGAGGCGUUGGCCAAGGGGCAUAAAGAGACGCUGUGCUUCGAUGUUGAGGACCGGAUGAACCAGACGCGACAUCGGUGGAGCGCGGAGUUCAACUGCUGCAAGAACAAGCAGAACUCGAAGACGAGCUUCAUCGGGACGGCGUCGGCAUUCUGCAGCGUGCCGUUGGUGUUUUACGCGAUCAUGUUCUUUGUGACGCGGAGGAAGGAACGAGUUGAGGAGCUGGUGGCCGGGGUGACGAGGGAUGCGGAACCGCAGGCGGGAACGAGUCUUUAAAUUCUUUAAAUUCUUUAAAUUCUUUAAA